AUGGAAGACCGGCGAACUGUUCAAGACACCCACGACCUUUCUCUGAGACGCAUCAAAAAUGAAAUCCUAGCAUUGAACGAACGUCUUGUUCUUUUGUCGUCUGCUGAUACGGCUGCACCAAACAAUGCCAUAACUUCAGAACACCAAUCCAUAAGGCUCGCCCUGUUGUCCAAAAUCAGGGAACGCAUCAACACCGAAGAUAUCCUCGACCUGCACAGAUCAGUUUCGACCCCUGCUCAUCUAUUGCCGUUCGAGAUUUGGGCUCAGAUUUUCUCCCUUUGCAUGCCAGACAUCCGAUUUCCAAGCUGGGACACUCAAUUCACUCCCGUCGUAGUCGGAAGAGUCUGCUCACGGUGGAGGUCCAUGACUCGACUCAUGCCAGAACUGUGGUCGUCAAUAUCAUUCGAUAUACUUCCAGGCAUGGGCAAUAAACGACCCAGGUGGAUGCCCCUCAUUCACGCUUUCUUGAAUCGCUCUGUCCAUCACCCCCUUUCCAUUCAGAUUAUUUGGUAUCAGUCCAAAUUCGAGCAGGGCCUGCCUGCUUUCACAGAUUAUUUUUUGGACUUGAUCACUUCUGCAUCAGCCCGUUGGAAGCAUCUAGAUAUUACGGUCCCUUCUGAAUUCCUUCGUCCGUUUUUAGAGGCCCGUUUGCCAAUUCUGGAAACAUUCACUAUCGGAAGUGAUGCCGACCCGCCCCUUACCCUUCGAGAUGUCCCCCGCCUUCGCAGCGUCGUAUUCUCCAGUUUCUAUCUCCGACCCUUGACUUGGAACAUCCCCUGGAAUCAAUUAACGGAGCUCGUAUCCAAGACCCUACUGGGCAUCGAGGAUGUAAAGCGCAUUCUACAUCAAUGCCCGCGCCUCCAGUGCUUCCAGCUGCGAGUUACUCGGUCUGCUACGUGGUAUCGUCCUGUCGACGUCAUUGUUCAAAAUCCAGCGUUGGUCGUUUUACCGGAGCUCAGAAGGUUCGCCAUGGUGAUUAGGCACGGCGACAGUGUCUUCUCCAUCCUUGAUCAUCUUGAGUGUCCCGCUCUUGAGGAGAUACGAUUUAGUGGUGUGCAAAGUGCCCCGAUCCCUCCAACCUACCCUACCGUGAUUCAGCCGAAACCCUAUAUAUUGGCCCUCAUCUCGAGGUCCAAAUGUACGCUCAGGAAACUCAUAUUUGAGAACUUCCCAAGGCUCAACGAUUUGGAAAUACGAGACCUUCUGACUCGCAUACCUAAUCUGACGGAGAUGGCGAUAACCUUCAAUGGAAACGAUGCACUAAAUGAUGACUUCAAAGCCAUUCUAGCGGACCGUAGAGCGAGAAUGUCGCGACUGGAAUAGGCAAAGAGCUGAGUAUUCUUGUCGAUGAUUUCGGAACACGGCACCUCUGCGUCAUCUCUCGUCUUCUGCUUUUGUUCAUAAACCCGAUGUAUGUCUCUUACAUAUAGAUAAUACAGCGUUUCCUGUUCUUCCC